AUGUCCGGUUUACUCGUGGACCUUGUUCAUUGCUCUUCCAUCCAUGGAUUUAUCGGUUUGUCACAUCCAGGUCGUCGGUUCACGGUAUGUAACCCUAGCACUAGACAAGUCAUAACCUUACCGGAUAUGGAAGCUUCUAGCGGUAGAAAGGAAGGCGUAUAUAUGUACUUGGGAUAUGAUCCAGUUGGUAAUGAGUACAAAGCAUUGUGUAGUACGGGCUUUUAUGGUAAACGUCAUCAAGAGCACAAGGUGUUAACACUUGGAAAAAGAGGAAAUCUUUCAUGGAGAGACAUCAGUGGUAGAAGAACCCCGUGUUAUAUGGUUGUAACAAACGGAAUAUGCAUCAAUGGGAAGGUAUAUUACAUUGGUAUGACUCUAGGAGUAGAGAAGAAAAAAUUGGUGUUUCGUUUUGACGUUAAAGGUGAGAGGAUGAGAUAUAUCAGGCCACCUUUGCCGGUCAAAGCUCUCGGAUCACUGAUAAACUUCAAAGGGAAGUUAGGCGUGGCGUAUCACUUGUCAUAUGAUCCUCUUCGCCGUUUUGAUAUAGUGGUUCUAGAUGACUUGGAGAAAGGUAUGUGGUCAUGCCAACGUAUUGUUUUCAACCCUUUGAUGUUGGAAUUAUCAGGGAAAAUUCAGUUAAAAAUCUUAGGCGUCAACAAAAUGGGUGAGAUCAUUUUUGGUCCGCUCAAGUUGCCUCGCAAACAUGAACCAUUGUACAUUUUCUUGUACAACAUAAAGAUGUCAGGCGACAGGUUCAUAAGAAGAAUUAAGCUUGAAGGAUUUGAAGAGUUUGGCUGCAAUCACACUGGUGAGGAGCAUUGUGACACGAACUGGCAGAUGUUUAAUCCGGAAGAAGAGUGGGUUAAAACACCACGAUGUGAGUAUCUAGGAGACGACGGGUGUGUGGAUUUGGCCUACAAAGACAAGAGGCUUUACAUUCUUGCUGACUGUGGUCGCAUCAGGAUCUUGGACUUUUCUCCAGACUAUCCAAUAGAGGUCACGAAUCAUCCAUACGUCUAUGGACUGUUCAUGUCCGGUUCCUAUUACUUUUGGACGAGGAUGAAACUAACCACGUCCGGGCAUGUUCUGAUGAUCCAACGCGUGAGGGAUCGAUGCUGUUUAAAAUUCUGGUUCCAAGUCUACAAGAUGAAUAGCAGUAAUGGGGAAUGGGAGAGACUGGAUUCGCUGAAGGAAGAGGAGGCGUUGGUUUGGGAUUUGAGCGUCACUUUGCCAACCAAAGGUGUAUCAGGAAUCAAGAAAGACUCCUAUAUAUUUCUGUGA